CCCCCCGUCUCUUUUUUGCUGGAUCUUACAUACGUUCAGGUGGCUACACGAAAUACACAGCCAUCCUCUACCUCUCGAUCUCGGCGGAACGUUGUCUAACUAUCUCGAAACACCGGCGACACGCCUACUAUAUAUCACGAAGGCAGGAUUGUGCUUGGGAAGCAAAAGUGGUUCACGAAACGAACCGGUCACGAACUCACACAAACUUAUAUCUAAGCUGUGCCAGCACCGAGCUGGUGCAGACGGCUUCAUGUCCUCCGACCAACCCCGGGUAGUCGAGAGCAGGCCAUCGGCCCUGACGUCCAACCCGGUACACGAAGCCGAGGACGAAAAGGACCAUGGCACUGUUGACCGCCCACUGGAGGGUGACCAAGUUCGAGAAGUCAUCCGGCUGAUACAAUGCCGAAAAUGCUCCUACCCUCUCCAAGAGCCAAUUACACUUCCUUGCGGCCGAAGCCUCUGUAAACGAUGUGUGCCAGAAACACACACCCGAGAAAAUAUAUCAUAUCCCGCUACGCCAAACAGACUACAAGGCUUCGAAUGCCCUUACGGGGAAUGUGGGAGGAAUCAUGCCGUGGGCGAUUGUGGCGUCGAUGUCAUUCUCACCAAGGCAGUCAACAACUUCAAGUUCGAAAUGGAGAAGGCGAAAGAGACGAGCACCAAAGCCGAGAUAUCCACGCACGUCAUCAUCAAAAACCCGGAUGCUGGGCAGUCAGAUACGAGCGACGACAACGAGGAAGUGUCGAGGGUUGUUAAAGGAGGCCCACUGCUCGCUGUCUACACGUUGGCAGACACAGGCGAGCUGUAUUAUAACUCGACUGUCACUUUCGCCGAAGUCUCAUCACUGGGAGAUGAGGCUACGUCCAUCGAUACGAGGACAUUCUCCAGAGUAAAGGAAUCCGUACGUACGGAAAUGGACUGCCAGGUCUGCUACGCCUUGUUCUACGACCCCCUCACGACAGUUUGCGGGCAUACUUUCUGUCGAUCAUGCCUCCACCGCGUAUUGGAUCAUUCCUCCUACUGUCCGAUCUGUCGACGAGGGUUAUCAGUCAGUCCUCUUCUGUACCGGGAAUCAUGCCCGUCAAAUGAGAGCCUGAAAACCAUAAUUCAGACUUUUUGGGCUGAUGCCGUCCUCACAAGAGGAGAUGCUUUAGCAGCGGAAGCAAUGAACAGACAUCGGGAGUUUGACAUUCCCAUUUUCGUUUGUACAUUGUCAUUUCCCAUGAUGCCUACUUUUCUCCAUGUUUUUGAGCCGCGUUAUCGCCUAAUGAUACGAAGAGCUUUGGAAGGCGACCGGACCUUCGGCAUGGUGCUUCCACAACGACCUCGAACUGCCAAUGACACACAUUUUGUGCAAUACGGAACUCUGCUGCGGAUAGUGAAUGCCGAAUACUUUUCAGACGGCAGGAGCCUGAUCGAGACAUCUGGCAUAUCGCGUUUUAGAAUUACCAGACACGGCAUUCUGGAUGGAUACUUGGUUGGAAAGAUUGAACGACUUGACGACAUAUCGAUCGCGGAGGAAGAAGAUCUAGAGGCAACCGAGACACAACAAGCCCUAGAAAGAUACGAAAGUGCAGCUACACAUCAGAGCGAAGACUCGACUUUGCCGAGACCAAUUACGACCACACCGGAGGAUCUCUCAACAAUGCCGACCAGCGAACUUCUGUCCUUGGGCGUUUCCUUUGUGCAGCGAAUGCGGCAACAGAGCGUGCCGUGGUUGGCACAACGAAUGCUGGCUAUAUACGGGGAAUGCCCUAACGAUCCAGCACUAUUUCCUUGGUGGUUUGCCAGCAUCUUGCCAGCCAAGGAAUACGAGAAAUACAAGCUUCUGGAAACACGAAGUGUCAGAGAGAGACUCAAGAUCUGCUGUGGCUGGAUCUUGGAAUGGGAGUCGAGCAGGUGGUGAGUAAUCCCUGUCCAAUGUUUCCCUUCUUUUGCGCCCUUUUGUUUGAAGUCUUUCCGCGUUUGUUCAGACGUUGUUCUGUGCGAAUUCUUUUGUAGAAAUUCAGUGCGGAUGUUAUCGUUGCCCCCGUUUGCUUGUUAUUAGACAAUUAAACAGACGGGCUAAGGUGCAGAAACUCUCAGGAGG